GGCGAACAUGUUCCAGUUCCAACCGGUUGGAAAGAACGUUAGUUUUCUUAUGGGUUGGGACAGAAAACAGCGAGUUGACUGAACACAAGGCUUUUUCUUCAAUGGUUUAAGGGGAAAUCGUAUAGAUGCCGCCUGUGGUAAUGAACUCCUCAUACCCAGAAGAGGCUGCCAAGCUCCUGGACUUCAACCAGAAGCUCGACAUCAACUUACUGGACAACAUUGUAACAUGCAUGUACAAUGGAGAAGGGCCACAGCAACAGAGGAUGGCCCAGGAAGUUCUCACCAACUUGAAGGAACAUCCUGAUGCCUGGACGCGAGUGGACACUAUCUUAGAAUAUUCAAGUAACCAACAGACAAAGUACUAUGCCCUACAGAUAUUAGAAAAUGUCAUAAAAACCAGGUGGAAAGUAUUACCAAGACCACAGUGUGAAGGAAUCAAGAAGUAUAUUGUGGGACUGAUAAUCAAAACAUCUUCAGAUCCCAAUCUCUUGGAAAGAGAAAAAGUUUACCUUGGUAAACUGAAUAUGAUACUGGUGCAGAUCCUAAAGUAUGAGUGGCCCAGAAACUGGCCCACAUUUAUCAGUGACAUUGUGGGGGCAAGCAAGACAAAUGAGUCUCUGUGCCAGAAUAACAUGACCAUUAUGAAACUCCUAAGUGAAGAAGUUUUUGAUUUUUCAAGUGGACAAAUGACACAGGCAAAGGCCAAACACUUAAAGGACAGCAUGUGCAGUGAAUUCUCAUCAAUAUUCCAGCUCUGCCAGUUUGUUAUGGACAACUCGCAGAAUGCACCACUUGUGGGGUCAACGCUAGAGACUUUGCUUCGAUUCUUAAAUUGGAUACCGCUGGGAUAUAUCUUUGAAACCAAGCUCAUCACUACAUUAAUAUACAAGUUCUUAAAUGUACCCAUGUUCAGAAAUGUUACUCUCAAGUGUUUGACAGAAAUAGCUGGUGUUCAAGUAUUACAGUAUGAUGAACAGUUUAUCCAGCUGUUCACUCUGACAAUGACACAGUUGAAACAGAUGUUGCCAUUGGAGACAAAUAUCCGAGAGGCUUACCAGAGGGGAAGCGAUGAUGAACAAAACUUUAUCCAGAAUUUGAGCCUGUUUUUAUGCACCUACUUGAAAGAGCAUGCUCAGCUGAUAGAGAGGAAACAGGACUUACACCCUACGCUGAUGGAGGCCCUACAUUACCUCAUCCUCAUCUCAGAAGUAGAAGAAGUGGAGAUUUUCAAAAUUUGUCUGGAGUACUGGAAUACGUUGGCAGCUGAUUUGUACAGAGAGAGUCCUUUUCCCAUGGCCCCUUCACCAUUAAUACUGGGCAAACAGCAUGGAGAGAUGCCCAUUCGACGCCAGCUUUACAAUCCUCAGCUUACCAAGGUAAGACGAGUAAUGAUCUCACGGAUGGCCAAACCAGAGGAGGUAUUGGUUGUGGAAAAUGAGCAAGGAGAAGUGGUGCGGGAAUUCAUGAAGGACACAGACUCCAUCAAUUUGUAUAAGAGUAUGAGGGAAACAUUGGUGUAUUUAACUCAUUUGGACUAUGCUGACACGGAGGCUAUUAUGACAGAGAAGUUACACAACCAAGUAAACGGUUCAGAGUGGUCCUGGAAAAAUCUCAACACGUUAUGCUGGGCUAUAGGGUCAAUAAGUGGUGCAAUGCAUGAGGAUGAUGAAAAGCGAUUUCUGGUGACAGUCAUAAAGGACUUGCUUGGCCUGUGUGAACAGAAGAGAGGCAAGGACAACAAGGCUAUUAUAGCUUCUAACAUUAUGUAUGUUGUGGGACAAUAUCCCAGGUUUCUGCGGGCUCACUGGAAGUUCCUCAAGACCGUUGUAAACAAACUGUUUGAAUUUAUGCACGAAACCCAUGAUGGUGUUCAGGACAUGGCGUGUGACACAUUUAUUAAAAUUGCUCAGAAAUGUCGACGUCACUUUGUACAAGUGCAGGUGGGAGAAGUCAUGCCGUUCAUAGAGGAAAUCCUCAAUGGCAUCAACACAAUCAUAUGUGACCUCCAGCCUCAACAGGUGCACACAUUUUAUGAGGCGGUGGGCUUUAUGAUCAGUGCUCAGACAGAUUCCAUGGCUCAGGAACAUUUGGUGGAGAAGUAUAUGAUGUUACCUAACCAAGUCUGGGAUGGAAUCAUUAACCGAGCCACUCACAAUUUUGAAGUGCUGAAGGACCCUGAUGCUGUAAAGCAGUUGGGCAAUAUUUUGAAAACAAAUGUACGAGCUUGUAAAGCUCUAGGCCAUCCCUAUGUGGUACAGCUUGGUCGUGUGUACCUGGACAUGCUGAAUGUGUACAAGGUGAUGAGUGAAAAUAUCAGCAGCGCCAUCGCUACUAACGGGGAGAGCGUCACCAAACAGCCUCUGAUCCGUAGCAUGAGGACUGUCAAGAAGGAAACCCUCAAACUCAUCUCAACCUGGGUGAGCCGCUCCAAUGAUAUGGUCAUGGUGGCAGAGAACUUCAUCCCACCUUUACUGGAUGCAGUGUUGAGAGAUUACCAGAGAAAUGUGCCAGCAGCAAGAGAACCAGAAGUUCUCAGUACCAUGGCUACAAUAGUCAACAAGCUGGAGAGCCAUGUGUUGAAGGAUAUCCCACAGAUCUUCGAUGCAGUGUUUGAAUGUACUCUGGACAUGAUAAAUAAAGAUUUCGAGGAGUUCCCAGAACACAGAACAAACUUCUUUGUGCUACUGCAAGCGGUCAACUCAAACUGUUUUCAUGCUCUACUCAGUAUCUCAGCGCCUAAGUUUAAGCUGGUGUUGGACUCUAUUAUUUGGGCAUUCAAACACACAAUGAGGAAUGUAGCAGACAUUGGUCUGGACAUCCUGUACAAGUUACUGCAGAACAUUGCCGAUGAGGAGACGGCUGCCCAGAGUUUCUACAGCACCUACUUCACGGACAUCUUACAGCAUAUCUUCUCUGUGGUCACGGACAGCUCACACACUGCAGGUUUGACGAUGCAUGCCACCAUCCUGGCAUACAUGUUCAGUUUACUAGAGGCUGGGAAGAUAACUGUCGCUCUGGGGCAGGACAUCGGACCCAACCAGAACAUCCCCUACAUCCAGCAGUUUCUGUUAAACCUGCUCAAAGCAGCUUUCCCUCACCUCAAUGAACCCCAAAUCAAGGUCUUCAUUGAGGGCCUCUUCAGCUUUAAUCUAGACAUCCCAGCAUUCAAGGACCAUUUGAGGGACUUCCUGGUUCAAAUCAGGGAGUUUGCGGGCGAGGACAACAGUGACUUGUUCCUGGAGGAGAGAGAGAAUGUGAUUAAACAGGCCCAGGAUGAGAAGAGGAAGAUCCAAAUGUCUGUUCCUGGUAUCCUCGGCCCUCAUGAGAUACCUGAGGAGAUGCAGGACUGAGACUCCAACCAGGGGAGACAACUCAACAGACAGAGAGCUGUAGUGGGAGUUAUUUUGUAAAGGUUGACUGGACACAACCUGAUAUAUCACCACCGUAUUACAUCGAAAUCGAACUAAAACAUGUGAAAGUGAAGACUUGUAGUCUUUGUAUUGUAAAUACCUUUUGGAAAUAGUUUUGUGUCAUUUCUUCAUGAUGUAUAUAGACCAGCUAUCGGUAUUGGGGGAGCAUGUGGUGUGUUUGUGGUACUUCAUGGUUUUCUAUUCUCUUAGAUUUUCAGCUGUGUGUUAGGUGUACAAUGGGCCCAUUUUCAGCUCACAAAGCAUUAAUAUAAGUCAAAACCUUACCCAUCAUGUCACGAUUGAGUCCUCAGUAGCUGAGUGGACUUGUGAUGACUUACAUGAUACCAAUCAGGUGGCACAUAGAGGCUAUGUACAAAAUGUUGGCUGCAAUACUGUACAUACCAUAUUUUAUAUAGAGUAUAUUGGUUACAUGAAUUUGAACAGGUUUUCUUGGUUAACAGCAUGUUGUCUAGGUGUUUAAAUGAACCAUUCUUUUCAUUAGUCCCUUGGCUAGAGCGAGCAUCUCAAUUCUCAUGCCCAGUUUCCCCUCGCUGUAGUAUAUGGCUAAUUCCCUGAUCAUCACUUGACUUGUUCUAUCAUUACUUCAUGCUGCUCCGGCUGGAUUCUAUUUAUUUUUUUGUCAUGGUGAGGAAGGGUGGAGCUGUGUAGAAUGUAUACUGUUUUUUUUUCCCUACCUGGGUAUGUUGUACUGUGGUGAGACCAUGACAGUGGAGAUGUCAUAG